CAUAGUUAAAAUGUCCUACAUUCAGAACGCACCACCAGUCUAGAAAAAUCUGCUGAAUAGUGUCGGUGUAAAAAUAAAUAUUUUUUGAAGAUUUCUGAAAAAUCUACAUUUCUGGAGAGUCAGAGGAGAAAAUAUGACUGAAACGAAAGAAAAUACGGCCGUUGAGCCGUCGCGGCCGAAGAUAAAACAUGACUGGUACCAGACAGAGUCGCAGGUGGUCAUCACGAUACUGGUGAAGAACGCGCCAAAGGAUAAAGUGAAGGUCAACUAUGGAGAGAGGAGCCUUUCAGUAUCAAGUGCGAUCCCAGAUUCGGACUCGGAAUACAGUCUAGAAUUAGACCUAGCGCAUGAAGUAGUACCUAACCUGUGUACACAUGUGGUGACUCCUUCCAAAAUCGAGGUGAAGCUACGGAAAAAGGAGGGGUUGCGGUGGACACAGCUGGACGGUGAUCGAGCUGAUGAUCAUGUCAAGGCCAUACCUCAAGCUGUAAUAGACGCUUCAGGACCGGUGCAACAACCGCCGAAGCUAUUCAAAAAGGACUGGGAUAAAAUCGAAAAGGAUAUCAAGAAAAUGGAAGAAGAGGAGAAGCCAGAAGGCGACGCAGCGUUGAACGCUCUCUUCCAGAAGAUAUACGGAGAAGGAUCCGAUGAGGUGCGGCGCGCUAUGAACAAGAGCUUUGUGGAAUCCGGAGGCACAGUGCUCAGCACGAACUGGAACCAAGUGGGACGAGAUAAAGUCGAGAUGAAACCACCAGAUGGGGUUGAGUUCAAGAAAUGGGAUUAGACUCUAGAAACACGACAACUAAUUAUGUAAUAAUUGUAAUAGAUGGAUGUAUGAUUGUAUGGAUGUUUGUAUGUCAGUGGUAAUGGAAGGGCAAGAGGUUUUUUUGAGGGGUAUAAUCAUCCAAUGACUUCUCCCACCUUGGUUGAAGUUGGAGUGUCAGACUGUUACUGACUAAAAACCACCCCGUUCCUAAUCCUGCUGUUUGAGCUGGAGCCCCGAUACCCGUUUAUCUUCCGCAGCUCCGGGUCGGGCAUCUAGCCCUACUGGGCCCCCAUCUGUGGUGGUCUGAUGGCUCUUUUAGCAGCGCGUGGAACGCUCGGCGCCGUACGCAGGGGUCUGGUUCUGUACCCGUAGUAUAGUUCGGCCGUUCAGAGAAUGCGUUCCUGACACGUCGCGAUUGAACUGACGACGUAACUUUGUAAUGGCGUUGCAGUUACGAUAAAAAUAUUUUUGCUGGUUGUUUACCGUUUUAACCAUUGAUGAGCAUUAAAACAACAUUAUUAUAUCAAUAAUCAAUUAAUGUUAUAAUUUUGUGCCAAACUGAGUGUCAAAUAACUUGGUAAACAAUAUUUUUCUAAAUCUAUACUGCGCUAUUACAAGGUUAUGUCAGCGCUUUAUAUUUUGUAGUGCUGUGCUAAAAAAACAGGCAAGUAUCGUAAUAUGUUCUUAUACAGGAAUCGGAUCGGAUCAGAUCGGAGUCUGAUUAAUAUUCUGUACGCACAUUCAAUUCAAUGUACUUACUUUAUUACAUAGAAAUACAGAUUGUAACUUUGUAACAAAGAAUAAUUUUAUUAUAUGAAUAUAUAUUUACAACACACAAUAACAAUUUUAUUAUAUAUUUUUGGUCUCCAUUUAAAUAACUAAAAUAUAAAUUUUAAAUGAUUCCGCCGAAUUUAAAACGAAAAUAAUCUUAAAAUAAUGCGGCGGUUCAUUUUGGAGGAACGGUAACGAACUCAGUGUUAUGUUGUGCCCACUAGUCGUGGCUAACUGAUAGGUGUCAGGAACGCAUUCUCUGAACGGCCGAAGUAUAUAUUAUUAGAACUUAUAACGGGAUAUUUACCAUGUUUAUUCAUUUUAUCGAGUUUCCGAUAUUUCGGCACUGUUGCAAGCGCCAUGUUCACGGAUUAACUGGAGUAAAUGCGGGUGGGUGUUUACGCCCACCCAUCCUCCCGGUUGAAUUUCAACCGGGAGGAUGGGUUUCAACUGUCGAGGGCUUGGAAUCCAGUGGUCCAACUAUGUAAAACCCGCAAAACCGCCAAGAAAGAAGAAAGUUCGCGAGCGGACACAGUGAGUUUUGUGUGUCGAGAGUUAAGCCGAGUUACAAGUGACAAUGGUAGUGGUAUUACUGGUGUCAGCAAAAAACGAACAAGAAAGCGGGUAGACCGAUUUGUCUGCUCGUAAACACCCACCCGCAUUUACUCCAGUUAAUCCGUGAUCAUGGCGCUUGCAACAGUGCCGAAAUAUCGGAAACUCGAUAAAAUGAAUAAACAUGGUAAAUAUCCCGUUAUAAGUUCUAAUAAUAGUGUUAGUGACCAUGUCAGUUUAAAAACUUAUAAGGCCGAAGUAUAGUACGACUUUACUUAACGUUUAAAGUAAUCAAAACGAGAACGCAAUCGGCGCUGUGAUUGGCCGGUUCGAAUAAACCAACCAAUCAGAGGGCUUAGUACUACUUACGUUCAACUAAAUCGAAGAUUGGUUAGUUAUUUUGUUCUGGACAAUCAGAACGCCCAACGCGCUUUCGUUCAACGUAAAGAAAAUUCGUAUUAAGGGUACUUCGCACGCGCCUCAAAGAGUCAUACUAAGGGUACUGUUCGGACAGCUACCCUUGUAUUAUUACCAUUGACACCAAGUGUCCUAUACAUACCACAGUCUAUAAAGGCGUGAUGAUACGACGACGACACGUAGAGAAUGAAAGACUAUGGAUUUUGGAAAUCAUAAAGACUAAUAAUUGGCUAAAUGAAAAUUAUUUUGUAAUGAAUUUUGAGAUUAACAAAACGAAUAUAUUAUGAUUUUUUAGUCAAAAACUUCAUCAAAACAUUAAUCAAAAUGUAUGGCUUACUCAUAUGCUCAACUGGUUUCGUUAGGUCAUACUUAUGGAUCCCGGUUGAAGCCCGAAACUAAUCGAGUAUCCUCGAAAAGUUGCGCGAGUAGGCUGCGUAAAAUGUUCAGGACUGAUUGAAAGAAUGUAGUUAGACUGUGGUAUCAAAAAUUACAUUAGGUACAUUUUGUAUUACUUAAACUAUGAUUCUCUCUAUAAUAAAAGGGGUAGGUAGACUUCUUAGUGUCCUCAAACAAUCAGGAAAUGUGGGAGAGCCAUGCUUUACCACGAAUGUGCCUCACAGAAAACUGUCGUGAAACAACGCUUGAGUUAUGUAUCGCAGUUUUGGUGAGGUUACCAUAGGCUCAAAUCUUCUUCCCUUCCCCCAUCCCCGAUCUUCUAGUCCCAAUCCCCAAACCCCCAAUCCCCAAACCCCUAAUUCCCAAUCCCCCAGUCCUCCAAUCCCCAAUCCCCUAAUUCUCAAACCCCAAAUCCAUAAAAUGUUGCAGGCGAAGUCUUAAAAAAAUCGCAUUUAUAAUAUUAAGUAAAGAUGUGCUUCUCUGCCUACCCCUCCACGAAAUAGUAGAUCUUAUGUGUCUAAUGCAUAAUAUACUAUCAAUAAUUAUAAUGUAUGUCUGUAUGUCAGUAGCUUCAUCUCUGUCUACCCCACAAAACCAUAAUAGCGUAAUAGUAGGAUGUGUUUAGAAAUAAUAAAUAUUGCUACAUUUAUAAUUAUUAUUAAAUAAAUGUUUUUUUUUUUAACUUAAA